CGGCGCUGCGUGGGGCGACGGGAAGCGAAAACGGGGCACAUCGCGGAUGGCCUCUAAUGGCCAUCCCGGCGGGGCAUUCCGCCAGCGGGAACGGCGUUUGUCUCCCUCCGUGUGGAACGACAGGCGAUGUCCGUGGUUAGCCCUGCUCUCGGGGCUUUCCCGCUUUGCCCCACUGCCGUGCGCGUCUUCCUCAGAGUCGCAGAAUCAUUCAGGUUAAGUGUGCCUGAGAGCACACCUUUCACAGCUGUCCUCAAGUUUGCUGCAGAAGAAUUCAAAGUUCCUGCAGCAACAAGUGCCAUUAUAACAAAUGAUGGCAUAGGAAUAAACCCUGCACAGACAGCAGGAAAUGUGUUUCUAAAGCAUGGUUCAGAUCUACGGCUCAUUCCCAGAGAUCGUGUUGGGAGCUCAUAACAUCUCCUGAAAGCUAGGGAAUAGGUGUCAUUGCUGUGCAGCAGAGGUCUAUUUAUUUUGGAACUCCAAAAUGCAACUGAUGAAUUGGACUUUUUUAAAGCAAGCAGAAAUGACUUCCCAGGAUUUGAUUUUUUUCUUUGGAAACAGGGAUAAAGGUUCAUUUUCCUGUUAAAAUACAUUAACUCAUCCACUGAUUCUUCCCUGACUAGUAGAACAGGCUGAUUGCAUGUUAUGUUGCUGUAAGAAAGGCAGACUUCUCUCCACCAUGUGGAGAGACACCAUGUGGUGUUAUUGACACCACAAGAGUAAACAUAGCCACCAUUGAUACUUAAAAUACUGGAUAUUGUUGAGCCUACUUCAUGAAAGGGAAAACUGUGUUAUGAUGUUGCUACAAAGAAAUUAUUCCUACUGUGUGCUAAAAGUUGGGGUUUUUCCUGUAUUUUUUUUCUAGUUAUUUCUAUGUUCAGGGGAACAGCUUUCACCUGGCUCAAGUAUUGAUCUCAAGUAGAGGGGAGAUUUCAGGAGGUUAUUACUCAAAUAAGAAAACAGCUGCCAAAUAUUUCAAAGUAAUUCUUAAGUUUUAAUUGCUGCAAGUAUUUGAUAUAAAGGAGAAUACAGAGAUUUUUGUGUUUUAAGACUUCAUUUGGACAUACUGUGAAGUUAAAUUAAAUUAAAAUUCAGAGAAUUUGUGAGACCUAGUCUCCUCCCAUGAAGUGCCAUCAUCGCGGAAGGAUUGCAGUGUAAUUUGGGAAUGUGUAGACUGGUCAAAUAUGUCAUUCCUUUUUCAGUAAACUAAUACUGGUUCUUUCCAGAAGUCUUGGUUUUGUUGCUGCCUGUUACAUAGAAAACAUCAUAGAAUUCACUGAAAUAUUUUUGUUCAGAUUAGAAAUUGCCAUAUGUAAACUAUCAGUUGUGUAUUUUAAGUAGAGAAAUUGCUGCUUUUCUUGAACUGGUUGUCUAUGCUGUGAUUCAAUGUAUUUGGCAAAAUCUUACCAUAUUGCAUUUUUUUCUGUUCUACUGAGUUGAACAGAAGGAACAAUGGGUAUUGUAGUGCUUAGUUAAAUGAGUGUUCUCACAAAUACAACUGUCCUGUGCAAUCAUCAUGCUUUAGCAAGAUGUUCAGAUAAUGUGUCAGAUAAUGCAGAAGUACAAAAUGCCCUUCUGAGUGGGUGUAAGCUCAGGAAGUAAAGAAAAACUCUCCAGAAAUCAAUAUUUGCCUAUAAGUAGCUUCCAAAUUUAAGAUAAACUGUAAAAUUCCAUAUUUUUCUUUACUUUAAUAAACAAUUAAAUGAAAAAGUGCAAAUGCUGUUCCUCUCCUAUUCUUAGAGUUUGACAAUAAUUAAAAACUGUUCCCAUUAAUUAUUCAGCAUGCUUUGGGAUUAAUUUUGAGCCAAAAGAUAGUUAUUAUGCAGAAUUCUAUGGAACACUGCCCCAAGGGCAGAGUGCCUUGUUUUUUGUUAGUCUAAUGCCACAAUAUAAUUAGUAUGAGCAAAAUUAAUUGCUUGUAAUUUUUGGCUGCAAAUCUCAUGACUGAAUGCUUGAGAAAGCACCUGAUAUUGGAAUAUAACAAACAGGAAUCUUUUUUUUUUCUGUCUAAAGGUGCAGUGUUUUUGAAAGGGAAUCAUGGUUAAUUGCAUUUUGAAACUAGGAUGCUCUGAUGUUUAUAUAAUUGAGGGUUAUGUAAAAAUUAUUUCAUGUGGUGGCUAACAAUUCUCACACUGUUACUUAGGUUAUAACAGAGCAUAAAGUAUUUGACAUACUGCAUUGCAGGUAGUUUAUGUAACAUGCUAAGAAUUUGUUCAUUUGGAAAAAUAACUGGUAUUUUUAGUACUCUGUUCAUUAUACCUUUGUCUCAGUAUGGCCUGUAAAAUCUGAACAUGGCUUUUCUGUUUGGUGAAGAGACGAUUUCAGUGCUAAAACAUAUUUACCAAAGCUUUGCAAGCUGACUUGACCUUUGCAAGUUCAUGUUGUUAAGUCAUGUUUGACACGGUUGAAUAGGCAACUUUUAGUUUCUAGGGCUUGGGAGUUGUUAGAAGAUCCUGGAAAUGCUGUGCUCCUCGAUUAGUACCUGUCUGUCUGCCCAUACUUUAUGGUGUACUUUGGAAAUCAACUCUACCUGGCAGUUGUGUUGUUUUCAGUUCUAAUUAUAACCGGAAUGGUAUUAAAAGAUUUUUUUGGUGUUUAUGAUUCAUUUUGUUACAUCUUUGCUGAAGUCAAUUUGGAGAGUCUUUUUUCUGUAUUCUACAUUUAUGAAAGGAUGGCUGAUUUAUGUUACAAAGAUAGUCUGUGAAAAAAAAAAUUUGGCGGAAGCAUAAAUUGUGAAAGCUCCCACCAAAACUUUCAACUAUCUCUAACUGUUCUUUUGGUUUAUAUGAGUUCAUAGAAGUUUUAUUUUGAUAAAAUUUGAAAAUAUCAUGGACAUUUUUCAGGAAGGAAAGCACAGUGAUCUGAUGAAAUAUAGUAGAACAGGAGAGGUUAGAAAAUGGCCCUGAUAAUAAGUUCUGCCAGCAGUAUGGUUUUUUUUUCCUCUGUUUUUGUUACAAAAUCCAACUUUAUUAUGUAUUUGAGAUGAAAAAGUCAUUUUCCUGUCUUGUUACUAUGUAAGAAUCAUAAAAAUUGUUGAAAGUA